AUGGAUCCGACAGAUACCCCAUUGUCCACCUCCCCUUCUCAUUCCAAUUUCAGCCCGCAGCGCCACUUUUAUCUUGCCGUCGAUAGGCUCCAAUUCAAAAUGGAAACCUUGGUGGACCUAUUGAGCAUGGCUGGACGGCGUCCCAGUAUACCGAUGGUUGUUUGCUGCAGCACCCGAGAUGAGCUCGACUCCGUUUGCUCCGCCGUUUCCAAUUUGUCCUACAUUUCAAUUGCAACCCUGUACAGUGACCUUGCGGAAGCUGAACGUGCGUCAAUUUUGGAGAAUUUCCGGCAAGCAACCAUGGUUUGGAACAAAUACGGCGCUGAAGAUAAAGAGAAGGAGGAAGAGGAAAAGCCCAAGUCCCAUAUGGUGAUCGUGACGGAUUCUUGCUUGCCGCUACUGGGAGCUGGAGAGUCCCCUAUUAGUGCUCGCAUUCUCAUCAAUUAUGAACUUCCUACAAAGAAGGAAACAUACAUGAGGCGGAUGGCGGCUUGUUUGGCUGCGGAUGGAAUUGUGAUUAACAUGGUAGUCGGUGGUGAAGUUGUAACUCUCAAAAACAUCGAAGAAAGCAGUGGCCUCGUGAUAGCUGAAAUGCCCAUACACGUUAAGGCGGUUUAUAUCUUGCUUCUUGUCAUUUUUCCAGUGAUAUUUACAACAGCUAGGUUUCGAGGAACCUGA